AGAUCGCGCGCACACCCACGCCCACGCGAGUCUCCCGCAACAACAACGCGACGUACGUAGCAGCCUAGUAGGUGAUGGCGGCGACGAUGAGGGCGGCGGUGCUGGCCGUGGCGGCGGCGAUGUGCGCGCACGCGGUGGCGGCGCAGCGGUACAACGCGAUCUACAGCUUCGGCGACUCCAUCUCCGACACCGGCAACCUCUGCGUCGGCGGGUGCCCGUCGUGGCUCACCACCGGCCAGCCGCCCUACGGCAAGACCUUCUUCGGCCGCCCCACCGGCCGCUGCUCCGACGGCCGCGUCGUCGUCGACUUCCUCGCUGAGCACUUCGGGCUGCCGCUGCCGCCGGCGUCGAAGGCCGGCGGGGACUUCAAGAAGGGCGCGAACAUGGCGAUCAUCGGCGCCACCUCCAUGGACGCCGCCUUCUUCAAGUCCAUCGGCCUCAGCGACAAGAUUUGGAACAACGGGCCCCUCGACACCCAGAUCCAGUGGUUCCGUCAGCUCCUCCCCAACGUCUGCGGCCGAGACUGCAGGAGCUACCUGUCCAAGUCGCUGUUCGUCGUCGGCGAGUUCGGCGGCAACGACUACAACGCGCCGCUCUUCGCCGGCCGGUCCAUGUCGGAGGUCAGGGACUACGUCCCCCAGGUCGUCAGCAAGAUCAUCCGUGGCCUCGAGACUUUGGUUAGGAUGGGGGCGGUGGACGUGGUCGUGCCGGGGGUGCUCCCGAUCGGGUGCUUCCCGAUUUACCUGACGCUGUACGGCACGUCCAACGGCGCCGACUACGACCGCAACGGCUGCCUCAGGAGCUACAACAGCCUCUCCUCCUACCACAACACGCUGCUCAAGAGAAGCCUCUCCAACCUGCAGAAGACGUACCCACAUGCCAGGAUCAUGUACGCCGAUUUCUACUCGCAGGUCACUGCCAUGGUCCGGUCCCCUCAAAACUUCGGGCUGAAGUACGGGCUGACGGUGUGCUGCGGGGCGGGAGGGCAGGGGAAGUACAACUACAACAACAAGGCUCGGUGCGGCAUGGCAGGGUCCAGCGCCUGCUCCGACCCGGCCAACUACCUCAUCUGGGACGGCAUCCACCUCACCGAGGCGGCCUACCGCUCCAUCGCCGACGGCUGGCUCAACGGCCCCUACUGCAACCCUCCCAUCCUCCACUGAUCCAUCCAUGCAGAGAUGAGAAUAUGAGAUGACCAACAAGUAGUGUGUGUGUGUGUGUUUGGUUGAUAAUUUAGGUUGGUGUGUCGUUCAUACGUGCUAUUUGUUCAUGGGGUUUUAGGGCUUGGCUGUGAUUGGGGAAGGAUGGUUUAGGCCUGCCUGAUUAAUGUAUUAUUUAGUUGGGGUCAAAGCUGAUUGAUCCAAGUGAAUAAUGAUGCUCAAACAGAGUGUUCCAUUUACUAUGUUUCACCUGGUGUAGUGGUGUGUCCCUGACUCC